AGACACGCCUCCAAUCGAGUUCGCUUAUAACCGAGCAGCUUUCAGUUAUCGAAAUUGUCAACAGUGUUCAACUUUCUUUUUUCCGCGUUAUUUCCGAAGUUUAAAAGUUCACUACAAAAUUGUUGAUUUAGCGCAUAUUUAAAUUUCACUGUGCAAGUCCACAUCUUCGCAUGAGUAAAGAUUAAUCAAGGAGUGGUGCAUAUAUUGGUAUUACCGUUCAAUUAACCGACCGUUUGAGACACGGAACAUGCUUCACAAAAUCGUGUUGUGCGUUAUCCUUAUAUCGAGAUGUUCGGCCUUCUUCGAGAAGCACUGGCUUCCGGAUCUGGAGUGGCGAACCGCGAGCAAUUGGGCGGACGGACGUGUCCCGGAGAUCGACAGUCAUGUGAUCUUUCCUCAGCAGACCCGGCACGCGGUGGGUGUUGGCGAAACGCACGAUCUUAGGUUAUCCGGGAUUGAUUUACCGCGGCAGGGAUUCUUAGUCCUGGCUAGAAACGGUAAUCUGAAGCUGAGCAAUUCGCGGGCGGACGCGAAAGUCAGUAGAUGGUCGAAGGAGGGUAGUAUUUUCUGGGCCGACCCCGCAAAUUGGAACGGUACUACGAUAGCGGCGCCGCAUCUUGAGCGCGUUCCCUGCCGCCUGGACAAGGUUGUCCUGCCGAGUGAAAAUCGCACCUUGAGUAUCCUGCUACCUGUAAGAGAGAUAAUGGUAAUGUCGAUUCGACUGUCGGACAAGAAACAACCGUUUACUGAAUGGGAGUGGCAAAAUUUCCAAGAUCGUAGAGAAUUCUCUAGGGGAAGAUUCACCGUAAAGUAUAUUAACGAUUUAUAUGACUUAUAUGUGGCUACGCAUGAUUGUACGAAAUGUUACUGUCAGGGAGAUUCUCAAGGCGAUUAUCUCGAGGAGAUCUGCGCAAUUCAGAGACCAAGGUGUGGAUUCACGGACUGCGAAUAUCCUCUUACGGUGGAAGGUCACUGCUGUCCGUACUGUGGCGGACGUGUUUUUACAUCGGAGAAAAAUUCCUGGAUGACAGUACGAGCUGUGGCAGACGAAGCUUUGGAAGGAUAUAUGAAUAAGGUUGAGUGGCAUACCAGACGCACUUGGAACGGAGGCGUUGAAGUUCUGAUAAAGGAGAAAGGGGACUAUUCCGGGAUUACGAUACAGGAGGCAGUGGAGAACUUGCGGGAAAUGUUGCGAAACAGUGGAAUCGACGUGACAAACGCAGAGACGGCUGGUGCAGCAAUGAAAGACUCUCGAUUGGCCGUUAUACUUGGACCACUUUUUGGGACACCCCUCGUCGUUAUCGCUCUUCUUCUGUUGGCCUUCUUGUAUUUCGGUUAUUCUUUAGGGCACGUUCUCUCGGGAUGUAUGGAAGCCGUCUCAUCCGUCCGAGAUGGAAUUCGGGCGGGCAAGCAGAAGCACGGUUUCGCUCGUUUCGAGAAUGUUCCCGAGGGCAACGUUCAGAUUGCUGACGUUCCCGGAACGAGCGAACGAGAAGUCGACGACAUUGAAGGGAUAAAGCAUGUCGCGAGCAGAUUCGAAAAUCCCCUAUACAAGUCCAAGAGGGACAAGGCGGAGGAACGCAAGAUUCUCGACUUGGAUACGCCUCUCAGUCUCGCCACUUUGAAAGGUAGAAUAGAAGAUCAACUAGAAAAUGAAGAAAUGGAUACCGAGGAAUGAGAAUGAGAGAAAUAAGAAUCUACAUUAUUAUUAUUCAACUUAUGUUAUAUUGAAUUUUACACGGAGAGAAUUUCCUCUUAGAAUUUUAAUCUGCCAUUUCGAAGGAUUUGAUGUAAUUUUCUCUGAAAAUUUUAUUUAAGAUAAAUUGUAAGAAAAAAUUUUCUCUGUGUAUACUAAUUGAAAAUUAUCGAAAAUAUAUAUAAAUUAUAAACUUUAAACAUAAGACAACAUUUUGUAAAGCAAUAAGUUUUUUGCGCCUAAAAUCGAAGAAAAAGAAUAACAAUUUUUUCCUAUAAGAAAGAAAUAAUUUCAACGUAUGGUUUGAAUAUGUAAAUUAUAUAAGAUGUAUGGUAUGCUGGUUCACAAAUAUUUAUUUCUUAUUGUCGGACAACAUCCAUUCGAAGUUGCAGCACCGCCUUUUACAUAGACACAUUACACGCACACGUAAAUUCGAAUAAAAUAUAUAUUUAUAUUAUCUUCGUUAAUAUAUAUAUAUAUAUAUAGGGAUUCUCUUUCGCUCUUCUGGAUAAAUAUAUGUAUACGCAAAGUACAAGAUAGAGAUGCAUGACGAUCGCAUCGCGAAUGAAAACAUAAAUGGUACGUUAUGAUAACGAGAAUGGUAAUGGUAGUAACGAUAAGUUCGUGUAUUUAACAAAUAACUGUGCGACUUUUACUGCACUGUCAAACAUUUGUUGUAAUUUGUCGUAAAAUAUAGUCAUUUAUAUGUAUAUAA